AUGUUUAAAUUAAUCACUUGGGUUUCAGACGCUGAUAUCAUAGAAGUGGAAGGACCUGCUUUCGCAGAUUCGAUUUCUGAAGGGGAUAUAAGAUGGCUGAAACAAAAGGGUGACUUUGUCAAUCAAGAUGAUUUGGUUGCUGAGAUAGAAACUGAUAAGACAACUGUAGAAGUGCCGUCCCCUCAGUCAGGAACAAUAGUGGAACUUCUAGUGGGAGAUGGCGAUCGAGUAAUUGGAAAUCAGAAGUUGUAUAAACUAGAAGUUGGAGGAGAAGCACCUGUUACGAGUACAGAAGAAGCGAAGAAACCAGUGGGGCAGAAAACUUCUCCGCCACCUCCAGAGUCAGAAUCGGUCCAAACAUUAUCAGCAUCGCCUAGCCUAGCAGAAAAGCCAGUUACAACUGCACAACCAGUGAAAAUUAUAACUUCACCUCUUCCAUCGUCUUCUCAACAUAAGUCAGAGCCUCCCAUUGAGAAAGUUCCAUCGGUCACUGAUCAAAGUCUGUUUACUGGUUCAAGAAAUGAGACACGCGUGAAAAUGAAUCGAAUGCGUCUGAGAAUAGCACAGCGAUUAAAAGAUGCCCAGAAUAUUUAUGCCAUGCUUACUACUUUCAAUGAAGUGGACAUGAGCAAUAUACUGGAAAUGAGGAAACGGUAUCAAAAAGAAUUCGUGGCAAAAUAUGGCAUUAAAAUUGGACUGAUGUCGCCAUUUAUUCGAGCAUCUGCUUAUGCGUUGCGAGAAUUCCCCACUGUUAAUGCUGUAAUCGAUGAAGGGGAGAUACUGUAUCGGCAUUAUAUCGAUGUGUCAGUGGCAGUCGCUACACCAAAAGGUCUGGUAGUGCCCGUACUACGUAACGUUGAAACGAUGGAUUAUGCAGCCAUCGAGAAAACAUUAAAUGAAUAUGCAAUUAAAGUACUUGCCUUUUUUUUAUAG